CUUUUAUUUUGUAGAUUUCGGUCUCUGUCAGGUCUGGAUUCACAGUGCCGCUAAACUACAGGAAGAGCUCCGUCCAUGUUGAAUCACUGUGAAAGUAAAAUGCAUAUUUCUGAGAUUCCCAGGCGGAUCGAGGCGGUGUUCACCAGUGCCCCCGUAGGUAUGGAGGGCUUUAAGGCGCACAGUGUGUUUCAGGAGAUCUCUAAAAAGCUGGAGGAGGAAGGUGAGCAGUAUGUGAAGAAGAUCGGAGGCGUGUUCGCUUUUAAAGUGAAGGACGGCCCGGACGGCAAAGAGGCCACGUGGGUGGUAAACGUGCGUGACGGGAAGGGCUGCGUUCACAAUGACGCCUCUAAGAAGGUGGACUGUACCAUCCUGAUGACGGAUUCUGACCUGCUGGCCCUCAUGACCGGGAAGAUGAACCCUCAGACCGCAUUUUUUCAGGGAAAGCUGAAGAUCACAGGGAACAUGGGAAUGGCCAUGAAGCUCCAGAACCUGCAGCUACAACCAGGCAAAGCUAAGCUGUGAGGCUCUGCCCACACAAACGAGUCUCAUCUCUUUAGCCUUCAGACCUGUGUUUAGAACUUUAGAGGUUGGAGCUGAUCUACAAGAAGAUCUUGGAUUUUCAGAAGAUCCAGAUUUAGAACCUUAUAAUUAUAAUAGUAAUAACAUUGUGACCCUGUAACUCUUAAGAUCCUCCCGAUUUUCCACAUUUAUCCAGACGUCUGAUCCGAGGACCUCGAAAUUCUCUUCAGCAAGAGUUGAACUAAACAGCGAGCUUAGCUAUCAUAGCCUCUUUUUGAUUCCAGAGUUUUAAAACUCAACUCAACUCAAGUGACCCGAAGUGUGUGUGGGUGUGUGUGUGUGUGUCCUGAUAUAAAUUUGUACUAAAUAAAUAAUCUCUCUUUACCACA